AUGAACAGCUUCAGCCUCGAAGUAGUGUACCGCAAGCAGUCGUACACUGUGCAGGGACUGAGGUCGGACACCACCGUGGCGCAGUUGCGGCAGGCGAUCGAGGAGCUGACGUACGUUGCUGCGGAUAAGCAGAAGCUGCUCGUGCCGCGAACGGCUGGUGUGGCCGACCUCAAUCAUGGCGCGGACGAGCGCACGCUGGGCGAUGUAGGCCUGGCGAGCCGACCCGAGACCAAGGUGACGGUGCUGGGACCAUCGUCUUCGGAGCUAGAGGCGCUGUACUCUGCCGAGGCGGAGAUGCAGAAACGCAACGCACCACGGAAAUACCAUCCGAGCGUGCUUCGUGGCGCCAAGCUUCGCAACACAACCCAGGCGGGUUCGAGCCAUUCGCCAUUUGACAAGAUCUACGCACAUGCAACGACGCCCGAAUCAUCGCCUCUGCACAGCAAGGUGGUCGACUACCUCACGCGGCUGAGUCGCGAUCCGGGUAUCCUGCACAUUUGUGCGCUCAACCACUUUCGAGUGGGUGCGCUUACCGAACUGCUGCCAUGGGAACAUCCCGGCCUGCUUGGGCUUAACGAGAAUGCGGGGCAGCGAAUUUUGCUGCGCAUCCGCACGGAUGAUGCCGAGGGGUUCCGGGACUACAAGACGACACGGCGUGUGCUGGUGCACGAGCUGGCGCACAACAAGGUCGCCGACCACCCGCCCGAGUUCAAGAUCCUGAACAGCAAGCUCAACGCCCAGAUCGACGAGUUCGAACGCGCGCAGCGGGAUGGAACGCACAGACUCGUCGAGGGCGACGUUUACGAACCUUUGCCACCGACAAUAUCGGGUGGAGGGCAGAGGCUGGGAGGAGGUCCGGGGGCGGAGAGCGAGAGCGCAGAGGAGCGGCGCCAACGCGUGUUGAUGGCUACCAUGCGCCGACUCGAGCGCGAAGAGCACGAGAUCGAACAGAGCUGUGGCAGCGCUACCACCAAGCCGAGCCAUCCUUCGUGA